GGGCCUCCGCCACCUCCUCCGCUGGGAGCCGAGGAGAGAUGGCGGCCGCCGACGGCGUCGGGGAGGCUGCGCAGGGCGGGGAGCCGGGUCAGCCGGAGCCGCCGCCGCCCCAGCCGCAUCCCCUGCCGCCCCAGCCGCCGCCAGAAGAGGCGGCGGCGUCCCCUAUGGACGACGGGUUCCUGAGCCUGGACUCGCCCACCUAUGUCCUGUACAGGGACAGAGCAGAAUGGGCUGAUAUAGAUCCAGUGCCGCAGAAUGAUGGCCCCAAUCCAGUGGUCCAGAUCAUUUAUAGUGAAAAAUUUCAGGAUGUUUAUGAUUAUUUCCGGGCUGUCCUGCAGCGUGACGAGAGAAGUGAACGAGCUUUUAAACUAACCAGAGAUGCUAUCGAGUUAAAUGCAGCCAAUUACACAGUGUGGCAUCAUAGGCGAGUGCUAGUGGAAUGGCUGAGAGACCCAUCUCAGGAGCUUGAGUUUAUUGCUGAUAUUCUUAAUCAGGAUGCAAAGAAUUAUCACGCCUGGCAACAUCGACAAUGGGUUAUUCAGGAAUUUAAACUUUGGGAUAAUGAGCUGCAGUAUGUAGACCAACUUCUCAAAGAGGAUGUGAGAAAUAACUCUGUCUGGAACCAAAGAUACUUCGUAAUUUCUAACACCACGGGCUACAAUGAUCGUGCUGUUUUGGAGAGAGAAGUCCAGUACACUCUGGAAAUGAUCAAACUAGUACCCCAUAAUGAAAGUGCAUGGAACUAUUUGAAAGGGAUUUUGCAGGAUCGUGGUCUUUCCAAGUAUCCCAACCUGUUAAAUCAAUUACUUGAUUUACAACCAAGUCACAGUUCCCCCUACCUAAUUGCCUUUCUCGUGGACAUCUAUGAAGACAUGCUAGAAAACCAAUGUGACAACAAGGAGGACAUUCUUAAUAAAGCAUUAGAGUUAUGUGAAAUCCUAGCUAAAGAAAAGGACACUAUAAGAAAGGAAUAUUGGAGAUAUAUUGGAAGAUCUCUUCAAAGCAAACACAGCACAGAAAGUGACCCACCUACAAAUGUACAGCAAUAACACCAUCUAGAAGAACUUGAUGGGAUGCUUUUAUUUUUCUAAGAGACUCAGGAGUUAAAAACCAGAGCGAUCAUCCCGUUUGCCUGUGGUGUGAAACGUACAUUACACGGGCACUGCUUUUUAACAUGAACCCAGUGUGAUGCUCCUGGGGCGCUGCUGCUGUUCAGACUGGUUCGGAGUGAUUUGAUUCUUGUUAAGCAGAGUGAUUCAGGGGAGGGAGGAGAAACAGGAAGUCCCCAGAGGAACUUGGUAGCCUUUCAGCAUUCACUGUAACCCCUUAGCAGCAACUCCCCUGAACGGUGUGUCAGGAUUUGCAGCGUUAAUGUUUGCAGGCAACGCGUAUGUAAAGGACAUGAGUCACUUACAUUUCAGUUCAGAAAGCAGGGAGUGCAGUUAGUACCUUAGAGCUGCUCUGCCACACUCACAGUAUCUUGCUAUCACUGUAACCAACUAAUGCCAAAAGAAUGGUUUUGUAAUAAAAUUAUAGCUGUAUCCUAAAACAAUGCCAUAGUGGUUUGACUUUUUAAAUAGCAUUUAACUAUAUACAGGGGACAUUGUCUCGGCUUAGAAAAGCAAUUGAGGAAGGAUAUAUUGCUAUAAAACUGAAGAAACCAGAAACAUGACUAUGUUAAAGGAAAUGUAAUUAAAAUGUGAAGUGGUCAGUUCUUGACUACAAGCAACAAAAUUCAUUCAAGGUGGUUUAAAACUCACAGGGUUUAUUGAGGUAUAUAGGUAGCUCACAGAAUAAUUACCCGAUCUUCCAGAAAUAUGUCCCAAAACCCCACUGCAGAACUGGAGCAUCACAUUGCUGUUGCCUGUGCUGGGAUCAGGAACUGCUGAGUGAGGCCGCCAGCUCCAUGUCCACCUCCACCACAUUCCACGCAGGCUCACCUGCUUCCCUUCCCACAGGACAUGGCUCCAAAGUAAAGGCUCACUUUAGUGCAUCUGAUCGGAAAGAACCUAAAGGACAUCGAACACCCUUAACUGCAAAAAGGAAUCUGGGAAAUGUAGUUUAUAGCUCUCCAGCCUCCACGCUUCAGGAAGACAUGCUAGAAAGGAGUUGAAGGUUGAACAAGAGAGUUUCUGUGUACCUGCACGUAAUUAAAUCUCACCUUAUCAAUAAAGAAUUUUUGUUCAGUGUUCAAAGCACCAAACUAUAACUCAAGAAAUUAUAUAGA